AUGAUCCUGUUUGGCCCGCCGGGAGCGGGCAAGGGCUCGCAGGCGCCCAAGAUUGUGGACGUGCUCGGCAUCCCGCAGCUCUCGACGGGCGACAUGCUGCGCGCCGCCGUCGCCGCGGGCACCGACGUGGGCAAGCAGGCGCAGGGCGUGAUGGCGUCGGGCGGGCUCGUCAGCGACGAGCUGGUCGUCUCCAUCAUCCGGGAGCGAAUCACGGAGCCGGACUGCCGAGGCGGCUUCAUCCUCGACGGCUUCCCGCGCACCGCAAAGAUGCUCGACGAGAUGCUGCAGGCGUCGGGCGACGCGGUGACGCUCGUGCUCGCGCUCGAAGUGCCGGACGAGGUGCUGACGGAGCGGAUCUGCGGCCGGCGCGAGAGCACCUCGGCCGCGGCGCAGCGGCGCGGGAGGAGGCUCCGCCGACCCCCGCCCCCCUCCCCCGCGCAGACGAUGCUCGACGACGAGACGUCCGAGCCCCUCAUGCAGCGCGCCGACGACACGGAGGAGGCGCUCAAGACGCGCCUCUCCGCCUACCACGAGCAGACGGUUCCUAUCCUCGCGCACUACGAGCCGUCGGGUGCCGUCAAGCGCGUCGACGCAAACAAGGCGCCCGCCGAGGUCUGGGCCGCCAUCGAGUCGUCUUUGCCCACGGCGGUCGCAAAGUAA